GACGUCGGCAGCGGGCUUCACCGCGCCCAUCCCGCGAGGGUGCAAGGCCGGACGCGCCGCCAGAAGUUUAGGGGGACUGCGAGCCGCCAGGAGGAAACUUUUUUUUGUGUGUGGCCUUUUUCCCCUCCCUCCCGGCCGGAGGAGGAGACGCCGCGGGGACUAGGGGAGCCCCUGGCGGCGCGGCCGAUCGGGGCUCUGGUCGGCGCGGCCCGCGGGGAGGCGGGGGCCUCGUCCCGCCAGGGGAGACGCGCCCCGGGGGCCCCGAGAGGGCGGCGACCCCGCGCAGGGGAGGGCGCCCGGGCGGGCGGGAGGCAGCGGCGGCGGCGGCGCAGGAGGAUGUCCUUGGGGGCGGGGGGCAGGGGGCUGGCCGGCUGCGGGCACCUCCUGGUCUCGCUGCUGGGGCUGCUGCUGCUGCUGGCGCGCUCGGGCACCCGCGCGCUAGUGUGCCUGCCGUGCGACGAGUCCAAGUGCGAGGAGCCGCGGAGCUGCCCCGGGAGCAUCGUGCAGGGCGUGUGCGGCUGCUGCUACAUGUGUGCCCGCCAGCGCAACGAGAGCUGCGGCGGCGCCUAUGGGCUGCACGGCGCCUGCGACCGCGGGCUGCGCUGUGUCAUCCGGCCCCCGCUGCACGGCGACUCCAUCACCGAGUACGAAGUGGGCGUCUGCGAAGAUGAGAACUGGGACGAGGACCAGCUGCUGGGUUUCGAACCCUGCAACGAGAACCUUGUGUCAGGCUGCAACAUCAUCAACGGCAGGUGCGAGUGCGACACUGUGGGCACUUGCAGCAACCCCUUCGAGUUCUCCAGGAAGGAUCUGUGCCUUUCAGCGCUGAAGAGGAUUGAAGAAGAGAAGCCAGAUUGUUCCAAGGCCCGCUGCGAAGUCCAGUUCUCACCACGGUGUCCAGAAGACUCUGUUCUCAUCGAGGGCUAUGCGCCCCCUGGGGACUGCUGCCCACUGCCCAGCCGCUGCGUCUGUGACCCGGCUGGCUGCCUGCGGAAAGUCUGUCAGCCUGGCUACCUCAACAUCUUGGUAUCCAAGGCCUCGGGGAAGCCGGGACAGUGCUGUGACCUGUACGAGUGCAAGCCAGUUUUCAGUGUGGACUGCAGCACCGUGGAAUGUCCUUCCGUCCAGCAGGCAGUGUGUCCCCUGGACAGCUACGAGACCCAAGUCCGGCUCACGGCGGAUGGCUGCUGCACACUGCCCACGAGAUGCGAGUGUCUCUCUGGCUUAUGUGUCUCCCCCGAGUGUGAGGUGGGAGCCACCCCUCGCAUAGUCUCUCGUGGAGAUGGGACACCUGGAAAGUGCUGUGAUGUCUUUGAAUGUAUUAAUGAGACAAAGCCGGCCUGCGUCUUCAACAGUGUGGAGUACGGGGAUGGGGAGAUCUUCCGGAUGGACAGCUGUCGUUUCUGCAGGUGCCAGGAGGGUGUGGCCAUCUGCUUUACCGCCCAGUGUGGAGAGCUGACCUGUGACCGCUACUAUGUGCCUGAGGGCGAGUGCUGCCCUGUGUGUGAAGACCCCGUGUUCCCCAUCCACAACCCCGCCGGUUGCUACGCCAAUGGCCAGAUCCGAGCCCAUGGGGACCGGUGGCGUGAGGACGACUGCACCUUCUGCCAGUGUGUCAACGGGGAGCCCCACUGCGUGGCUACAGCCUGUGGGCAAAGCUGCAUGAACCCCGUCAAGGUAGCCGGCGAGUGCUGCCCCGUGUGUGAAGAGCCCACCUACAUCACCAUCGACCCGCCCUCAUGUGCAGCCUUAGCCAACUGCACCCUCACCGAGACGGAUUGCGUGUACGGCUUCAGACUUGACUCGAAUGGCUGUCGGACUUGCCAGUGCAAAAACUGGGAAGAGCUGUGCUCUGGCCUGAAGCGAGGCUGCACCCUGGACUGUCCCUUUGGGUUCCUGACUGAUGCCCACGACUGCGAACUCUGCCAGUGUCGCCCACGGCCGCGGAAGUGCAGGCCCAUGCUCUGUGACAAGCGCUGUCCUUUCGGAUACCUGAAGAAUAAGCACGGCUGUGACAUCUGUCGCUGUCGGAAGUGCCCAGAGCUCUCCUGCAGUAAAAUCUGUCCCUUGGGCUUCCAGCGGGACAGCCACGGCUGCCAGAUCUGCAAGUGCAGAGAGAGCCCCACGUCAGCCAGUCCACCUAUCCUGUCAGGUACCUGUCUGUCCAUGGAUGGCCACCACCACAAAAACGAGGAGAGCUGGCAUGACGGCUGCCGGGACUGCUACUGUCACAAUGGCCGGGAGAUGUGUGGGCUCAUUGCCUGCCCUGUGCCCGCCUGCAGCCACCCCACCAUCCACCCAGGGCAGUGCUGCCCCUCCUGCUCAGAUGAGCUCGUGGUGCAGAAGCCGGAACUGAGCACACCUUCUAUCUGCCACGCCCCUGGUGGCGAGUACUUCGUGGAAGGCCAGGCGUGGAGUGUGGACUCCUGCACCCAGUGCACCUGCCACAGUGGGCGGGUGCUGUGUGAGACGGAGGUGUGCCCGCCGCUUCUCUGCCACUCACCCCUGCGCACCCAGGACUCCUGCUGCCCCCAGUGUUCAGAGCCGCCGCCGCAGCCAUCGUCAUCCCAUAACGGCAGCGUGCCCAGCUACUGCAAGAAUGAUGACGGCGAGAUCUUCCUGGCAGCUGAGUCCUGGAAGCCCGACGUGUGCACCAGCUGUGUCUGUGUGGACGGUGCCAUCAGCUGCUACUCUGAAUCCUGCCCCUCCGUGUCCUGCGAGCGACCUGUGCUGAGGAAAGGCCAGUGCUGUCCCUACUGUUUGGAGGACAUGCUGGCCAAGAAGGCAGUAUGCCACUUUGGGGGGAAGAUGUACGCAGACGAGGAGCGCUGGGACAUCGACAGCUGCACACACUGCUACUGUCUGCAAGGCCAGACACUCUGCUCCACCGUCAGCUGUCCGCCGCGGCCCUGCACACAGCCCAUCAAUGUGGAGGGCAGCUGCUGCCCCAUGUGUCCAGAAAUGUAUAUCCCGGAGCCAACCAACAUCCCCAUCGAGAAGACAAAUGGCCGUGGAGAAGUUGACCUGGAGGUGCCCUUGAGGGCCACGCCUAGCGAGAACGACAUCAUCCAUGGCCCCAGAGACAUGGGUCACCUGCAGGUGGAUCCCAGAGAGAGCAGACCGCGUCCGAGCGAAGACUCCUCAGUGGACCCCAUCACCUGGGUGGUCCUCUCCGUGACCAUGUUCGGCAUCGUGAUCAUCGUGUUCCUCUUCAUCAACCAGAGGCGGCAGUGGGUGCCGCUGCACUGCUGGUACCCCACACCAACCAAGCCUUCUUCCCUCAACAACCAGCUUGUCUCAGUGGACUGCAAGAAAGGCAACAGAGCCCAGGCAGACAGCUCACAGCGGAUGCUCCGGAUGGCAGAACCGGACGCCAGGUUCAGCGGGCUCUAUAGCAUGCAGAAGCAGAAUCACCUCCAAGCAGACAACUUCUACCAGACAGUGUGAGCCAGGCCACCCCGACCGGCUUUGCAGAGCCAGAAUGCACCUCCUCCGCCUGCUUUCCGGACGGAACUCGGGUUUGUGCACCUGCUUAGCAGACGCUGCUGGAGCGAGAGCGUGGACAAUGGGUGGCACUGCCAACUUCCCGGGACGGGCUCUGUCCCUGGGCCUGUGGCACGAACACACAUUCCCACUUUGUCUCCAGGUUCCUGACCAAGGGUUUUUUCAGAACCAAAGUUUUUCCAGUUGCUAAGAUGUACUUGCUUGUAACAUAGCUGUAGAGAAGUUUGCGAGUGGGGAGACAGUGCAUCUGGUUGGGGGGGGGGGGGGUAGGCAGGGGUGGAGCAGGGAUGGGGAUGGGGAGGGAGGUGAUGGGGAGACAGAUUGGUCAGCUGGGGCUGGGGAGAAAGCCAGUUCCAAAGGAUCUGGAAGCAGUGCUGAGGCCCAGAGGGUCCGUCCGUCUUUCUGGUUACUCUGAAGACUGGCUUGCACUGGCUGCUGCAGAGCUCAGGGCCUGAGUGAGCAGGAAUGGAGCAAACCAGGAUGGGAGACACCAGCAGGACGGUCCAGCUGCUAUAUUCUACCUUAGAGCCACCAGGUUAGAAGCUUUUUGGAUAGCCAUCCUAGGUCUAAAGCCACGAGUUUCUUUUCUAUAUAGUCCCAAGGGCAGUCUGCAUUUCUUGAACGCAGGUUAUUGAGGAUACAGAGGGUUUUUUUUUUUUUUUGGUGUGUAUGUGUGUGUGUGUGUGUGUGUGUGUGUGUGUGUGUGUGUGUGUGUGUGUGUGUGGUGUGUGUGUGGUGUGUGUUUCUUUUUCUUUUUUGUCUGUUUGUUUUUGUUUGCUGCUUACAGUUUCUUCCACGCCAGAGUCAGCAGAUGAACAUGACCUGAGUGAUUUCUCCUUGUGAGCUCUGGAGCUUUCCUUCAGCCUGGAAGGUGCAGGCAGGGAGAGGAAAGGCAGGACCUCAUGGGAUGGACCAGCCCUACUCUUCUUGCUCUGCCCUGCUGGUGGCUGUUCCCUAGUUUUUGUUGAAACUCUAGCUUACGAAGAAACAUUUCUUUUUUUUUUUUUUUUAAUGGAAAAGAGAAAAAAAAAAGUCUGGGGAUUUUCUUUUUCCUUAUUAUACUGAUUCUCCCAAAUAGAAACUACUUCAUUUUACUUGUAUAUUAUUCAAGCACCUUUACUGAAGCUCAAAAAGAAAAAAAAAAAAAAAGACCUCUUUAAACUUUAGCGAUAAUAGGAAUAUUUAUGUAACUAGCUUCAUAAAAAAGUGUGUGCAUGUGUAUAUAAUAUAUAUGCAUAUAUAUAUUUAUACACAUACAGUUUAUGUUUCCCUGUUGAAUGUAUUUUUAUGAAAUUUUUAACCAGAACAAGACAAACAGGCAUUCCAUAUCAGUGCUUUUUUUUUUGAUCACUUGCAAAUGUUCAGUUGACUCACAUUCUGUCUGCAGUUGUGGGAGGGUAUGGGGGUGAAGAGGGCACCUCAUUUAGAACCUCCUUCCAUUCAGUUUUCAAUUCAGAUUUCUCACUGCUCAGACACACUGAAGGCAUUGUUUUAACAUCACUAAUCAGCUCCUGGAUGUUUUUUUUUUUUCUUGUUUUUUUUUUUUUUCCCCUCCUUCUUCAAACAACCGUUUGAAACAACUACUGGAAUAUUGUCCAUAAUAAGCUGGAAGUUUGUUGUAGUUUUGCCUCAAAUAUAACUGACUGUAUACUAUAGUGUUAACUUUUCAAACAGCUCUUAGCACUUUUAUACUAAUUACCCACUUGUGCAUUGAUUUUUUUUUUCCUUUUAAAAAAAAAAAAAAGCUUGUUGUGAAAGGCAGAUACCCAGUAUGCUUAAUGUGAAAAGAAAAUGUGCUCUGUUUUAUAAAGGAACUUUCAAGUAUUGUUGUAAAUACUUGGACAGAGGUUGCUGAACUUUAAAAAAAUUAAUUUAUUAUUAUUAUGACCUAAUUUAUUAAUCUGAAGAUUAACCCUUUUGUCUUAGAAUAACAAAAGAAAAAAAGAAGAAAGUGUUCUAGCUGUUUGCAUCAAAGAAAAAAAAAAAAGAUUUAUUAUCUAGGGGCAAUAUUUUUUAUCUAUUUCCAAAAUAAAUUUGUUAAUGGUAUGUUACCAAAGUAGAUUUACAUCAGCCUGAUUAGUAUUAAAUUUUGUUAACAAUUAACCCAUUCCUGGCAUUAGAAAGUCUUUAGCCAAAAAAAAAAAAAAAAUGUAAAUGCUUGCUUUUUUUUUUUUUUUUCCCAAUCAUGGCCAUAUUAUGAAAAUACUAACAGGAUAUAGGACAAGGUGUAAAUUUUUUUAUUAUUAUUUUAAAGAUAUGAUUUAUCCUGAGUGCUGUAUCUAUUUACUCUUUUACUUCGGUUCCUGUUGUGCUCUUGUAAGAGAAAAAAUAUAUAUAUAUAUAAUUUCCUGAAGAAUAAAAUAGAUCUAUGGCACUUGGGAGUGCA